UCAACAUGAGAGUGAUGCCGCUCCCUGGCAGACACCUGCCAGGCACAACAGCUCCUGCUGGCUUCAGCCUGGCAGGAAACACAGCGGGAGAGGCAGCACAGCUUCUGCUAAGGGAGAUCUCGGAUCUGGAGGUCGGGGAGAUGCAUAUAAAUACUGGGGAGGGAGAAGGCAGAGAACCAUCCACGGACUCUCCGGCAACCGACCCACACGGGACAGCCACCACCACCACCGCCAGCAUGAAGAUGGCCAGCUGUACUGCCCUUCUGGGGCUUGUCCUCCUCGGCUGCCUUUCUGAUCUUGCUGUUGCUCAAAGACGGGCCUCCUGCGGCGCCUACAUGAUGACUGGAAAAACCAUGACCAUCGCCUGUCCCCGCAACUACGACCCCGUGUGCGGCACCAACGGCCGCACCUACCCCAACGAGUGCUCCCUCUGCAGGGACUUCUUCCGCAACCGUGCUCUGGACAAGAAACACGAUGGAAGAUGCGUUAGGAUCGACUGUACUGGUUUCCUGAAGCCUGGCAGUGGUUACAACAUCCCCUGCGGCGUGGAGUACAACCCCAUCUGCGGCACCAACGGCGUCACCUACAGGAACAAGUGCCAAUUCUGUACUGCUGUGGCGAGCGGCGUGGAAGUGAAUCUGCAGAAAUAUGGACAGUGCUUCCAGCAGCAACAAAACUACAACAUCGACUGCACCCAGCAGAAGGGCGGCAACACCUUCUGCACCCGUCAACAAAACUACAACAUCGACUGCACCCAGCAGAAGGGCGGCAACACCUUCUGCACCUCCGAGUACAACCCCAUCUGCGGCUCCGACGGCAGAACUUACGGAAACAAGUGCCAGUUCUGCAACGCUGUCUCACGCAGCGCUGGAGCUCUGCUCUUCAGGCACCAGGGCGCAUGCUAAGCGCUGGAGCUGGACCCUCCAACAUGGCAUUUCCCUCACAAAUUCUGCAAUCAAACUGGCUCUUCCUUGCUCCCUCAACUGUUACGCAUCAAUCUCUGCUUUGAUUGAUCAAUAAAUUA